AUGCAGUUCGACAAGGAGACGAAGCCGGCAGAGUCGCCGCCGCGCUCCCUCGAGCAUGCGACGGAAGUCAAUCUCCCGGCCUACGAUGACGAUGCACCCGUCGAGUGCCCCCCUCACACCACCGAGUCCAAGCUCAUUACCAAGAUCGACUUCCGUGUGAUCCCGUUCUUGUGUAUCAUGUACCUAUUGGCCUUCCUGGACCGGGUGAACAUCGCCAACGCCAAUGUCUUUGGCCUCUCCGAGGACCUGGGCCUCACCGGCACCCGCUACAACAGCGCCCUCGUCGUCUUCUUUGUGCCUUACGUCCUCUUCGAGAUCCCUUCCAACAUCCUCCUCAAGAAGUUCAAGCCCCAUGUCUGGCUCAGCAUCAACAUGUUCGGCUUCGGCCUUGUCACCCUGCUCCAGGGUUUCGUGCAGAACUACGCCGGCCUGUGCACGACGCGCUUCUUCCUGGGUGUUUUCGAGACGGGCAUGUUCCCGGGAGCUUUCUACCUUAUCGGGAUGUGGUACCGCCGCAACGAGGCCCAGCGCCGCUACUCGUUUUUCUUCAACAGCACCACCCUCGCGGGCGCCUUCGGCGGUCUCCUCGCAGCGGCGAUCGGCAAGAUGAACGGCAUCAACGGCUACUCUGGUUGGCGGUAUAUCUUUAUAUUAGAAGGCGCCCUGACUGCUGUCGUCGCCAUCUUCUUGUUCUUUUGCCUGCCUGAUUUCCCCGAGGACGUCAAAUGGCUCACCGAAGAUGAGAAGGCUUUUGUCUCUGCCCGCCUGCGCGCGGACCAGGGAAAUCCUGCUGCCGAGCGCAACAUCACUUUGCGCGAUGUCGGACGAGUCUUCAAGGACUACAAGGUCAUCCUGGGAGGACUAAUGUACUUCGGACUCGUCGUCACGGCUUACGGAUACGCUUACUUCGCACCCGGCAUCUUCCAGACGUAUGGUUAUGGCCCCAUCCAGACGCAGCUGCACAGCGUACCUCCUUGGGUUGUGGCCUUUGUGCUUUCGAUGACUUUUGCUUUUUUCUCGGAUAGGACGCGGCAUCGAUUCGGCUUUGCCAUUGCCGCGAUCUGUGUGGCCAUCGUCGGCUACGGGAUUCUCAUUUCCAUCCAUGACAACACGCCUGUGCAGACCUUCGGCCUGUACGCUGUGGCUUCGGGCAGUUAUACGGCAAUGCCCAUCAUUGUUUGCUGGUUCAAUAUGAAUCUUGGUGGUCAUCACCGGCGGUCGAUUGGAAGUGGCUGGCAAGUCGGCUUUGGUAACAUUGGCGGCAUUGUUGCCGUCUUUGCUUUCCUGAAGAAGGAUGCUCCCAGGUUCAUUCCCGGGUACAGCAUUAGUAUAUCUUUCGCCAUCGGGACUUGUCCCCUGACUACAGAUAUCUUCUAUAAGAUGUUCUUGUUUUUUGAGAACAGAUAG